UAAGAACCGUCCGUUUGCGCAGUGCACAUAGCGUGUCGCCAGAACUCAUUUGUCACUAAGGGUCCGGACGUGGUGUUUACUUGGUCGUUCGGUAGCCCGUUCAGUCUAACACAGAAAACCUGACGGCACGUCGGCGGUUUUAGCAGACCGCGAACUGGAUUAAUGUUAAAUCCAUGUCCCUGGGAUUCACAGCUAACAUGGGAUAUGUUGCCAACAAGCGAUAAUUUCAGAUGACAGCCCGGUAGUUGUGAGGAUGGACGAGGCGACGAGAAGUGACCUGAUGCGGGCUCAGAUCGCGGCGUUUGAGCGGCACAUGGAGCAGCUCCAGUCCACAUUCUCCACAGGUACGCUGUACAAGAUGCUGAAACUGCUGACUAAAAAGCAGACCAUAGAGUUACAUAGCCUGGCGUCCCUGGCACAAGUCAGCACACUACUGGACUGGGAGCAGCAGAGACUGUCUGACACCGGCGGUAAACCCAAGGACAGAGACAUGGUCCACUACUUCAGCUGGUUCUUAGAAUACGUAGAGUACCUACAGGAACUCAAACAGAGCUUUGACGAGCGCAUCUUCGCUCCUCUCUGUCAGUACUUCUAUGACGAAGAAGACCCGGACGUCAAAGGGAUCCAUUCUAAUCUAGAGGAGGAGGGCGAGGUUUUAGAACCUAGUAAAACCCAAGCCAUGCUUCUAACCAAGACAGACAGUGUUGACAGCGGUGUAGAAACUGGACUGUUAGAACACAGUGGCAGUGACUAUUCGUUAAGUGCGUUUAUAAGAAGUCCUGGUGCGAGGGCGGGCCCUCGGCUGGGCAGCACGUUAGAAAUCCUCCGGAAAGACUUCCCGGAUCUACUAGAGCAGUACGAUAAUAAAGAACUUCGCCAGGUGGCGCUGCAGCUGACGCGGCUGAGGAGGAGGUGGAACACGUUGUUCCAGAAGGAUGUUGAGAUAGAGGAGGACAUGUUGGACAGGGAGAGCGGCGCGGAGGUGAACCUGUUCCGCGACAGUACACACUUCCAGCCCGUUCUCAGACUCGUACCGGACGUUUUCAUCAAGGCCAGGAAGGCGGCAGGGCUGGCACGGAGAUGGUUAGAAAUUGACGGAACAACUUCACGGACUCUCCAGACAAAACUGGAGCAGAUAGAAGAGAUCCAGGCCGUCUUGGAGAGGAAACUCGGUUACGUCAUACACAGCAUCAAACGUAAGGAAGAAAAACUUCAGCGAGGCAGUGAACAAGUUCAGAUGCUUCUCAAGCGAGAAGACCGAUCCAACGAACUGACAUUUCAGCUGUACGGUGUGGACAAGACUAUUAACUCCCUCCAGCGGAGGCUGCGUGAAUUGCAAGUCGAGAAGGACUACGUCAGAAAACACUUGAGAAAAAGAGCGGACAAGGAGAGCGAGGAAUAUCAGACGUACAGACUGAAGUACAUUCAGACCAGGCUACAGUCAAAGGUAGUAGACAGAGAGUUAUCCACUAAGCAGUACCAGCGGACUAUUCUAGAGGAGGACAUGCAUGUGGAGCUGGAGUGCAAACCCAGUCUCAUCAGGUUUGCUGACAAGGAGCAAGAGAAGUGUGAAAAGUUGGAGCAGGAGCUGGAGAGGGACCGAGCCGAGAAGAGAAAAAUCGAAGUUGCGCUCGUCCCGCUUAAGAGCGAAAGAACUCGACUUAAGUCUGAAGCUGACCAACAAAAGUUGAACAGUUUUCCACAAGAACAAAGAAGAAGAGUGCUUCGGUUUCGGGAGACAGAGUCGGAUGACAUCAAGGUGUAUACACAGAGGGUCCGGGAAACACAGCAGGACGAGAUACAGAGAGAGCGGGACAGACUGGCGCACAUAGGCAGGCAGACUGGGAGGGCCUCCGGGAGGUACAGUUUCGGGGAAGCGGCAGUGGCAGAUUUAAGAAACAGGUUCUUUCUAACGGAUGGUUAUGACUCAGAGACGGACAGCUUCUUGUAUUAGAGAAUAAGUCAUGUUGUUAUGUUUACGGAAGGAAAACAUAUUGUUUUUGCUCAGUUUUUUCCUCUUCUUCUCC